CGAGCAUAGACUGCACUGAGCAAACCACUAUAGAGCUGCCCUUGACCAUGUAACAGCGCACUGCAGUUUACAGGAUAUUAAUGAACGCUGCGGCAGCAUUUCUACAGGUGAAAAUAUUAACAAUGCACUGACCACAAGACCGGCCACAGUCUCUGAGAGACCAGGCAGAUGACCUUUCUGGGGAUAUGUUGAUGAACGGAAGCAAUCCUUCACUCUUACAGAGGAUUCAAGCUGCAUUCAUGAAGUAUUGUUCUGAUUGGUCUGCAGCCAGCUUGAUUGGCCGAGUGUUUGUUUGAGCUCUGUGAGCAGUUCUUUAAAUGGUCAUGGCAAAGAAGGCUGAGUCCCUAAAUCUGUCCUUCCUCCUGGAGCACGAAAGGCAGAUGAUCCUCAGUGUCCUCCAGAAAGACGAGAAGCUCCGGAAACGAGAGGAGAAACGCAUCAGGAAAUUGAAAAAUGAACUUGUGGAGCUGAAGCGAGCUGGGCAGCGUAGUUCGGUGGAUCAGCGUGAGUGUGCUGUAUGUCUGCGAGCUCUGGGUCUCAUCCUUCAGAGGGGGAAUGUGUGUACCAAAUGUCAUCGGCGUGUCUGCAAUUUCUGCACUGCUAUGCCUCCGGGCAGCAACCAAUGCAAAUGCACCAUGUGUGCAAAGACUGCGGAGCUGAAGGUAGUUACAGGGGAAUGGUUUUUGGAAGAGAGGUCUAAAAGGUUUCAACAUGCCAGUGUACCCAGCAGUGAUGUAGUCAAACAAACUAUCCUCAGCAGUCCUCUAGAUGGAGGCUCCACCCACAGACCCCCUCCUCCCUUAGAGCUGGAGAGAUCAGCCACGCCCAAGUCUGAGAUAUCAGCCUCACCCCAAUUCCAUAAAAGCCCAGGGAAAAAGAGAAAAGGUAAAAGAGCAGUCACAGUGGAAUCGUCAGGGUUACCAACAGUACCCAAUAAUGCACAAAUGAAACUGACCCAAACGGAGGCAAGAAACAGGCCGGAUGGGGCAGAGAGUGUGUCUAGUAUACAAAGUAGGGACAGCGUUUCUGAGAAGAUGGCUGAUGGGUGGAGACAAACAGACUCUAGUACACCCUCCAUUGCUGUAUCCAGAUCCUCCCUCUCAUCAGACCGCAGUCGCUCAGAGGUUGACCUCAGUAAUGCUGGAGAGGGGUUCAGUGAAGACCCGUUGAUAAGCCGGUGUCGCUCAGUUCCAGGACUGAAUGAUGGGGACUCGGAUGAGGACAUUGAUGCUUUGUUAUCAGCACACUACAAAACCAACCGGAGCAUCUGCAGUGCGCAGUCAAUGUCUUCCACACCUACCUUGGAGAAAAAGUGGGGCUUCCUUAAUGUCCCUGACUCAGAUGCUGAUACUACCAGCAUCAACAGUAUGAUUAGCGUCUACAGUGAGACGGGGGACUAUGGCAACAUACGGGUUUCCGGGGAGAUCCUGCUCAACAUCACCUAUAGCUAUAAAACAGGAGCACUCAAUGUUCUCGUCCGUGAGUGCCGCUGCCUAGCAACCGGGGAUGAGAGGAGACAGCGCACAGAUCCCUAUGUUAAAACUUAUCUCCUGCCAGAUAAGUCCCGUCAAAGCAAGAGGAAAACCAGCAUCAAAAACAACACCACUAACCCAGUGUUCAGUGAAAACCUGAGGUACGUGGUCAGUCACUCUCAGCUGGAGAUGCGCACUCUGCAGGUGUCUGUGUGGCAUCAUGAUCGCUUUGGACACAACAACUCUGGGGAGACAGAGCUGACCUUUGACUCCUGGGAGUUUGACACUCAGAUAGAGGAGUGGUUCACCCUGCAGCCCAGGAAUGAAUCUUAUGUAGAUUCAGUGAUGCAUUAUAAAGGGGAACUGACAGUGGUUUUGAAGUACAUUCCUGCAGAGAGAAAUGUCUCUCUUCCUCUGGACCAAGUGCAAGUGAAAAAGGGAUUUCUGAAAGGAAAGAAGACCAUCACUCUUCCUAAGGGAGGAAUGGUGGAGCUGCUGGUGAAAGAGGCCAAACACCUGACAGCUGUCAAAGGAGGGUCCUCUGAUCCUUUCGUCAAAGGAUACCUGCUGCCUGAUGACAAGAAAAACACGAAGCACAAGACAGCCGUGGUAAAGCGCACAGUGAGCCCUCGCUGGAAUCACACCUUCACCUACUGCGGCCUGCAGCACAGCGAUCUGGACAGCGUGUGUCUGGAACUGACCGUGUGGGACAGAGAACCAUUUGCCAGCAACGUCUUCUUGGGUGGGGUGCGACUCGGCGCAGGGACAGGUCUGAGUUAUGAGAAGGAAGUGGAUUGGAAUGAUUCCUACGGGGAGGAGCAGCGGUUAUGGCAACGCAUGAUUGACAACCCAGAAGUCCCGCAAGAGUGUACACUAAUGCUGCGAUCCAGCAUGGCUAGAAGAAAGACAUAGACAAAAAAAAAAGACAAAAAAACAAAACAAAAAGAAUAGAGUAAAAAGGAAGAAGAGAGUGUUUCCCUGGCAAUACACAUCAAAUCUGAUUACCUUUAGCCCCUUGCAAGUGCUCUUAAUGUGCUUUGGCAUUACACACAUUACACAUUUUCAUUCUAACGUGCAUAUGCACGCUAAAUUAUCCAAACACAUCUGUUACAUAGAAAUGUACACUGAUACAGUAUAUGCCUCUAAAACACUCGACUCCAACCCAGGUGUGACAGGCACAUGAAUUGCACAUGAGGACUAAAAAGAGCACAUUGAAAAUUAUCAACAAUCCAAGGUCACAUUUUGUUCUAAACGAACAUAGCACAAAGCACUUCUUCAGCAAAGAAAAAAGAAAAGAAUAAUUUGCACAAAUCAAGCUUUUCAGUUUGUAGUCCUAUAACCUGGAUGAGAACAUGGGUUCCCUCAAUAAUUUCCAAUGGGUUUUUAGAGUAGUUUUUGUUAAUAACAAUAACUUGUUGUCAGUGUUUUAAAAGCACUCAACACUUUUCAAAUUCAUGUUUGUGGUAUGACCACGUGUUAUGCGUAUUAUACGUAUUAGAAAAAAAAACUUUAAAUAAACCUGAAAUAAUAUUAAAGGUGCACUCCCCAUUAAAAAAAUAAAUGAAUUGUAAUUUUGAAUCAUUUGUAUAAAAUCAUGACCACUCACAUGAUAUGAGGACCAGGACCAGUGACCUUAUAAAAGUUUUUUUACUGCACAUGGACCAGGGGCGCCCUCAUGGGGGCUGCCAUUUUAUAAUCACAUGACCAGUUGAAUACUUCUCACUUAAUCUCAGUAACCAUCUUGUUAUUGGACAUUUUCAUUCGUGAAUUAAAUGAAUCAUGGCUGUUUGUGAAGAGUGAAUUUCUAAAAUGGCAUCUGUAACUGAAAACUAUUGAUUGUGAAUUAUGCUGCAUCCACACCACUAGGUGUCACUGUAAGUCCAAGGUGACAAACAUAAAGUAACUUGAGUGCACCUUAAUAACCACAGACCUUAUUUUACUUAUAUUGAAAACUGUUAUUCUAAAACCCCUUUAGAAAUACCUGAGUGAACCCAUGCUGAAUUAUCCUUCUGGGUUAGCCUACAAAUUUACGUCAUGACUGAACAGCUCUAUAGCAUUUGCACACAACCGUAGCACAUGGCGAACUCAUGAAGAACAGCACAUACUGGCUUUCUAUAAGCACAUGUAUACUGACAUGCAGAGUGUAAAGAUAUCCUGGUGUGUUAUAGAUAACCUCAAUUAUGUCUAUACAAUUUCUUAGCUAGUCUUACUAAACAAUCUAAAAAAGGUGUUACAUUUAACAUUUAAAGGGACACUGUAAUUCAUUAUCAUGAAGUAGAUUUGCAUAUACCCCAGAAAAUCCCUUUGUUUGCGAGCAAAAAAAAUAGUGUUUUUUUUUUUAUUAUUAUUGUAGAGAGAUUGACAUUUUUUUCUUUUAACUUUACCAUGCUACCUGGAUGUUUAAUAAAGACCAAUCACUAUUCAGCAUGCAAAUAUUACGAAGACAACAUUGCUGGCAGUUAGAUUCUAUUGAAAAUUAUUCUAACAAUGGUACUGGGAGAUUGUCAAGGUACAUAAUUUGUUCAAAUGUAUAAUUUUACAAAAGGCAAACAUACAGAGCAGACCUAAAUCUAAAAUAUUCUACUUAAUAAAGUUUGAAGGAAAUCUGUAAGUAGUUGGAGCUGAAUCUAUUGCAGGGAAAUGGACAGAACAAGAAUGUGUUUAUUAGCAUUAUAAUACAUGCAGUGCUCGCAAAUCGCAUACAUAUAUAUAUAUAUAUAUAUAUAUGCACAUGCACUAUAGAAGCACAACACCAAGAGCCCAGUAAUGAGCCUGAUGUCACUGUGUGGUCUCCGUGAAUAAUGUGUACAGCCCCUCUUUAUACCAUUACUCUUGUUAGCAUCAGUUACAAUCAAGUAUACUAGACCUUAUAUGACAAAUUACAAAGAAUCAAAUAGCAGGCGUUAUAACAAAUUUUGUGGCAUGUAUUAGGCGUUAUCAAUGUCAAAAUGUGACCUCCAUGUGUUAAGUGUUAUAAACAAUGCCCAAUAUUGUCUAAAGCUGUUUCAUUCACAGCAUAUUCAGUGUAUGUGUGCAGUAUCCAAUUUCAUCAGGAAGACUGUGCUUAUCUGUGACUAUCAAACAUGUUCUGUACUGUACUUUAUCACCUUCAGAAAUAGAAUAAACUAGUAUUUACUGAGGUUGCCUUCAAAGAUUCCUUCCUUUUUCUGUCUACUAAGCGAAAAACUCAAUGUUUAUGCUGUGUGUGUGUGUGUGUGUUUGGCUGGCCACAAUACAAUAUAAAUCUUGUGUUGCGGUUACCCUUCACAAUUGUUUUAAGCUCAAAGCUUUGUCUGGGAUGAUAACAUUAUCACAAGUUAAUAUAUAUAUAUAUAUCAUUUUUAUUUCUUUGUAGUAGUAGUAGUAGUAGUAGUAUUUUGGGUACACAUUAAAUAUAUUUGGGUCAAUGACAAAAAAGAAUGUCCAAUAGUUUAAAAUGCAUGUUAGUCAUAGAAAGUUUAUAGAAAUGUGUAUUCAAAUUGGCUACAAACUUUUUAAAAACAUUUUAAACAAAAGUUUUGAGAUUAAUUUAACAUUAAAUAUGUGUGAGUGAACUCACUUGCAAACCAAUGUAUUUUUUGCACAUAUGUAAAGUUUUCUAACCUUGCAAAGGCAUAAAAAGUUCAAAUGAUCAGUUAUUUUGGCUUAGUGUCCUUAACACAAAAAAUGGCUUCCUGCAUGUUGGUUCUGCCAGAGUUUCAUUUGGCCUACACGAGGUUAUCAAAUAUUAAUCGUGUUUUACUAUAUAAUCAUAUAAAACAUAACUGCUUAACUAAUUAUAUUUCAUAUAAUUUUGUAAAGAACUACGCCAGUAUAAUACAUUUUUUAAAGAAUUCCAUACCUUUAGUGACACUUGUUUUUUCUAAUCUUAGGACACUUAUAUUUUGUUUGUUAUGCCCCACAAAAAAAAAAAAAAAAAUCACAAUAUUAGUAAAAAAAAAAAAAAACAA